AUGAGCCUUCAGGGGUCCCUGGCGCCGGUGGCGGCCAAGCUGCCGAACGGCUUGACCUCCAAGAACGCCUUCCACGGCACGUACCUCCCAGAUUUGGUGAAGGUGGGGCUCCUCUCGGGGCCGCUGGAGUGUGCCGAGGACGUCAAUCACGCGCUCCAGCAGGAGUGCCAGCUCGAGAUCGACAGCAGCAUGCACGACAUCGUCUCUACCAACGUUGACCCUUCCAGCGUUGGCUGCAUCAGCGUUGGCUAUCCCAACGCUCCUGGUCAUGCCGUCGUCAGGGACAACCACGACGGCAAGGCUGCCGAUCGAAUCUCAGCUCCAUGCACAGGUACUUUUUCUUUCAAUUCGGAUUGCACGGUCAAUUGCAGCAUACAGGCAGCUACUGAGCCUGAAUUCGACAACCACGCCUUCAGCGAGCGUGGCAUCCUCAGGAAGGGCGCGGCCUCCCGCCUGCUGGGCGGCGGCCGCAAGGCCACGCAGCCGAAGGCCGAGGACAUGAAGCUCCUCGAGGGGCUGCGCCUACUCUUGGGCGCUCCAGCGCAGGCGCCCCCCAAGCAGCCGCCGCAGCAGCCACAGCAGCCGCAGCAGCGACGGGGCAAACAGACCUUGCGAGAGGCGUUGCAGGACGCUCUCGGCAGGGCUCGGACGGACAACGCACUGAAGGGCAAGCUCGUGAAGAUCCUCAAGGCAGUGGACGGCGGGCACAUCACCCUGAGCGCGGACGGGAACAGCAGCGGCGCCCCUCCGGCGGGCGACAACAAAGGCAAGGGCGCCGCCGCGGCUCACAGCAGCGGCGGCGGCAAGGGCAAGGGCGGCGAGGCCGCCAACCUCGGCGCCACGGGCGCCAAAGCCAAGGACAAGACCGCCUCCGGGAACCCCAACGGCAGCGGCAAAGGCAAGGACAACGGCACCGGCAAGCCUCCCGCGAAGACUGGGAGUGGCGCUUGGUCGCUCUGGCAGCGCGACUGGCCGGAUGCGACGCUCAGCCGGGCCGGCGCCGUGCUCGGCAAGCUCAGGCAGGCCGAGCUGCCCAGCAAGGGACAGACAGCCACCCUCGCCGACACCGUCGAGGAGGCCGACGAGAUGCUCGCGCUCUGGCGGCAGCACUUCGGCGAGAACAGCGCGGGCGAGGAGGCCGCCAAGGACGCCAGCCUCACCGUGGGUGUCGUGGUCAAUCCGGUGGCCGGCGUCUCCUGGAAGCCGUCAGGGGCGGCGCGCGCCGCCACCAAGCACAUCACCCUGUCCAAGAUGGAGCCGAACGAGAAGCUUCAGAUCAAGCUGGUCGCCCUGGCCACGGUCGGCAAGGAGGUCACUGGACCUGCCGGCCCGGUCGUCCAGAGCGCCGCGAAGCUUCCAGUCAAGGUGGACACGAUCACCGUGCGCCUCACGGUCUUCGAUAAGUACAUGGACGCCCUGAGCUUGGGGAACGCCAACGCCCUGCUCAAGCAGGUCUGGCCGGCCGGGGCGAAAGGCAUGCAGUUGGGCAAUUGGCGGCCCACGGGCUCGCACGACGAGGCCCAGAGCUACAACAUGUACGUCACUGGUACCAAAGAGCAGGUCGACGCCCUCAUUGCCAUCAGCGGCAAGAAGGGCGUUUUCGUGGGGCACCUCGCCACGAACAGGAACAAGAUGGCGCGCACUACGGUGUCGUGGGUGCCGCGGCCAGCGGACAGCACGGACAAGGAGUACCUCGAGAUUGCCCUCCAAGCCGCAGCGGGCGCCCCGCUGGUCCACCGGAUCGGCGGCGGGCCAGACCUCGGCUUCGAACGAGCGGGGAUAGACGUCAAAGCGUCCCCGCCUUUCGUCUGGAAGGCCACGACUCCCAAGUGGUGGCGUUCAGAUCAACUGGAGAGUUUCCUGACAGGGAACGGCUGGACGGAGCCGCAGGUGACCGGCGACCUGGGGCACGGUGUCUGGCGGUUCCGCGCCAAGGCGCGGCCCGCGGAAAGCACUUCGUACAUGUGGGAGGGCGCCGACCCGUCCGAGAAGAUCACUGCUCUGCCAAUGCCGCGGAAGGUCAAGCAGGAGACGGUGGGCAAGCAGCUCCGCAGGCCCGCGCUCCCCUGGCUCGACGACGAGGACACCAAGCCAGACGACGACGUCGCCAUGGACGACGCGGACAAGAAGGAUCAGCCUGGCGCUGGAGGCCCUCCCGCGCCGGCAGCGGCCGCGGGCGGUCAGGGCGCCGACCAACAGGGAAAGCAGCAGGGCCAGCAGCCGCCCCGGGACCCAGCCACCAAGCAGGGCAAGGGCGCGGACGACGGCGACCGGGCCCACAAGCGGCUCAGGCUCGAUGGCAACAACGUCAUCAAGGACAAGACGUGCAUCCUCGACGGCUACGAGGUGGUCGAAACCGGCGGCAAGGGUGCAUGCGGCUACUGCGCGGUGGUGGGCUCGGGCAAGAUGGCCAAGGACACCGCGGCCGAUCUCAGCUCCCAGGAGGUGCUGGACAAGAUCAUGAAAGAGGCCGGCACCCUCCGGGUCCAGACGGUCCAGCAGAUGACCAACAACCCCGACGUGUGGGAGCCGUACUGGUGCUUCGACCCUAAGGCCGCGAGCCACACGGGACGCACGUGGGCCGAGUACCUGAACAAGUGCACGGACAACGCUUUCUACAUGGACGAGCUCCAGCUCACGGCGACCGCGACGCGGCUCAAGCGGAUGAUCACGGUCGUCUACCGGGACGACAAGAACGGAUGGGCCAGGAGGACCUUGGGCGACCAGUUCCGCAAGAAGGGGUGGUUCGUCUUGACGCUCGUGAAUGAGCACUUCCAGGCAGUCCGCCCGGUGGCUUCUGGCUGGCCGGAGGCUCUCGCCGAGGACGUGGGGGGAAGCAUGCCUUGCAAGGGCAGAGGAGGCAGCCUCACCAGCUACGGCGUUCUCCUGGGCCACGCGGAGCCGGGCUGGCAGCCGCGGCAGCAAGGACACCUUCGCCAGGGACGCCGCGAGGCCGGCCAGCGCGGCGGGCCGUGGCCAGCCCGGCGCGCGGACGUCGCGGGCUGCAGGGGUUUCCUCGGAGCCACGGCUGGACGCAGCUCGAAAAACUCCACCUGCACUGUCGACGGCGGCUUUCUCGUGGCUCUCCGGAAGUGCCUCCGAGUGCAACAGCAGCAUCAAGGGUGCCGCGCCGGUCGGUGCACGGACUACGAAGGCGCGGAGUUCCGCGGGCGCAGCUUCGCCCCGUUCUACGGCAGCUUUCUCCUGGCUCUCUGGCCGGCCGUAGGCCGGCAGGGUGGCCGACGCAGGCUCGCGAGGGCCCGCUCAGACGAUCAGAUUGCGUGCGAGGAGUUCGAGACGUUCCUCUGCUCUGCACGUGCGGCGUACUCGCACGAGGACCGGGCCCUUCCCGCAGCCCAGAAAGCGGAGAUGGACGGGCUGACUGCUCAGAUGCAUCAGUGGCUGGACUCCUCGAGGGCCGGCGGCCGGGCCCCCACUCGAGCAGCCGUCAAUGAGAAGCGCAUCGAGUACGACGCGGCGCUCACCAGGUGUACACUUGCACACCCGCUCCGGGGAGACAGCUAUGCCUGCCCCUGCGGCUGGCGGCCGAGCCCGGGCGCGGACUGGAAGACCAGCAACGACCUUGCACGUGCACAUUGGUCAGCGUGCCAGCCUGGGCGGAGGUGGCCCCGGCUGCCGGCGGAGAAGAAAAGAGCCCUACUCACCAAGUAUCGGGGCAACCACGUGGCCGGCUGCAGCGCAGCCGCCUGGGCGAAGUACGACGGGCGCAUGGGCACCAUGACGGGCGACUUCAAGGCGAAGUGCUGCGACCUCGACCGCACGGACCAGCAGUGCACCAAGAACACGAUCGGCUGCAAGCUCACGGCCUUCAAGUGCACGCGGUGCGACGCAUACGUCCAAAGGAACAGGGUCUGGGAAAGGCCGUGCCCUGCGGCGGGCAAGAGGCCGCUCGGGCAGAAGAAAGGCGGCGGGCCCUUGGACCUCCCCACGCUGUGGGAGUGGCGGGCUGCAGCCAAGGGCUUGUCUGGGCAAGCCGCCAAGGACAACGUGGCCGGGCAGGCCGCCAAGUCUAACGCGAAGAACUUGGCGUGGCAGCACAAGCGGAAACUCGACCGCACGGACGCGGAGAGGGCCGAGGACAACCGCAAGCGGAGGCCGCGGCAGGCUUCCGACGGACAGCUCCGAGUGUGGUCGUGCAACGUCAACGGCCUCAAAGACCAAGGCCCGGACCGCUGCCAGCAAGGCAGUGUGAACACGGGAAAAUGGGACAGGGUUUUGGGCCAGCUCGCCGAGCAUCGGGCCCAGGUGUGCGCGCUGCAGGAGACGCACAUGGACACUUUCAGCUCCAGACGCUUCGUGGCGCAGGCCAGGGCGGGGGGCUUCGACAGCUGCUACACGUCCGCGGGCACAAACAGCUCGGCUGGGGUGGCGCUCCUUGGCCCGCCAGAGCUCCGCGAGGACCCCUGGGCGUGGGGCGGCAGGCACCAAGGCCGAGUGGUCUCUGGAAUCCUCAGCGUCCGGGGCCAGGCCGACGUCUUGAUCGUCGUCGUCUACGGAGACGUCAACAGCCAGGACAACCGCGCAAGCCUCUACGACGACGUGGCCGCGCGAGCCGCCCAGGCAGGACUGCCGACGAUCGUUGUGGGGGAUUUCAACUGCGAGCCCUACGACUCCGAGCUCUUCGCUUUCCGCGACAUGAACUACUGCCACGAGAUGCUGGACAUUCAGGACAUUACCACCCACGGGGAGAGGCUCCUGGACUUCGCCUGCUUGCAGCAGCUGGAGGCCCAGACCUUCGCCACGGACACGGCCAUUAGCGACCACGACGCGAUCGUUUUUGAGCUCUGGCGGGAGCUCCGGACGCAGGUGCAGACCGUGGUCAAGUUCGACGAGCUCAACCCGCCGCUCGCGACGGAGGACUGGGACGAGACCUUCUCCCAGACCAUGGACAAGCGCAGAGACGAGUGGGACGGUGCAGCGGCCCGCCAGGAUGUGGAAGCUAUGUGGGCCCUCUGGUGCGACAUGCUCGAGGACUCCGCCGGCGUCCCGGGCAACAGGCAUCGGCGCAAACAUGGCACCGUGCUCAAGCGCUGGGAACGGGUCUGCAAGGGCCCAGACGGACAGCGGCAGACGGUGGUCGAGAGACGUCUCCACAGGCUGCUCCGGCGUGUCCACCACGCCCUCGAAGGGCCCCGGGCCGGCUCCGACGGCCUCUCCCUCUUUGGCAAUAUCCGCAGCGGGGUACAGAGCCUCGUCGACGACGGCGUCCUGGGCGAGGGCACCGCGGCCGACGGCGAGGAUUUGGCAGCGCUCCGCACAACGAUCCUCGCGAAGCUCCAGCAGCUGGCCGAGGAGAACAGGCAGCGCCGGCUCGCGGCGUGGAGGGAGCGGCAGCAGGCUGGAGACCUCAAGGCAAAUUUCCGUUACGUGGCCGACAGGCCCCCGCUCUCUGUGAAGGCGGCCUCAGACCAGCGUGGCCGGCCCACGGCCGACCCCAAGGCCAUCGUCGCGGCAGCUGUGCGACAGUGGAAGAAGAAGCAGCACCCGCGUCUGGAGCAGCACCAGAUCGGCGACUACCUCCGGGAGGUGAGGGACGUUGUCGAGCACGUGGAGCCGCCGGACAUUGGCUGGAUGUUCGAGGCGCCGGAGCUCCGGGCCGCCCUCCGAAAGACCGCCGGCACUGCGGCGGGCCCCGGGCAAAUCAAAGCAGAGCAGCUCGCCCAGGCCCCUGGCAUCGUGCUGGACCUCCUGGCAGACCUGGCAAACGCCAUCAGAGACACGGGGACUUGGCCCGCGGCCCUCAAGGCGCAGGAGGUGACCAUGAUCCCAAAGACCAGUGACAAGCCCGACUUGCGGCCUAUUGGCGUCGCCCAGUCUGUCGCCCGGGCCAUCAGCAGGGUCGCUGUCAGCAAGUACAAGCAGUGGGCCAGCCAGGUCCAGCCCACGGAUGCGCACGAGAUCCUGCUCACGGUGGACCUCGCUAUCGAAAAGGCCGCCCACGAGGGCACCCCGCUGCACAUUCGCCAGAGCGACCUCUCGAACUGCUUCACGCGGAUCCAGCCGGAGCUCGUGGUCGAGGUUGCCGUGCUCUUCGGCAUGCACCGAAAGGACGCAGUGCUCCUCUUCAUGAACAAUGUCGGCCGCGACACGGUGGUCAAGGUGAGCGGCUACGCCAGCGACUUGCCCCUGGUGCUGCGCGGCCUGGCACAAGGCGACCCCGCCUCUCCGCUCGGCGCAGCUAUCCUGGCGGGCGCCCACGCGCGCAAGGUCUGCUCCGUCUUCGAUGUGGGAAUGGGCACCUACGUGGACGACCGGACCACCUACGCCAACGACAGGGACACCCUGGACGGCGCCGAAGCCCUGCUCAGGCGCCUGGACGAGCUGAGCGGCCAGAAGGAGGACGACAGCAAGCAGGACAGGGCGGCGGUGAACGUCGCCGGCGGCCAGCACAAGGACCACCUCGACUUGCUCGGCGUGCGGCUGGAUCUCACUGGCCGGAAGCCGCCAGCGGCCGCCCCGCGAGCCAGGAAGCGGGUGGCCAACCUGCUCGACAAGCUGCGUCGGCUGCGCACCGUGGCCAAGGCAGCGCGCCUCGGGCGCAGGGCAAGGAAGCGGGUCGUCAUGGCCCUGGCGGGCAGCAUUCGGUGGGACGCGCCGUGGUGCUCGUUCCCCAAGGAGACCGUGACCCGCGUCCGGUCUGCCAUGGAGUUGGCACUGGAAAGCAGACGCAGGCACGCAGCCUGGCGCCACAAGGGCGCGGCAUGGUGCAUGGAGGACAAGGCCUGGAAGUUCGAGCCCGACGGCCUCGCGCUCUCCAGCACCGUGAGCAUGCUCAGACGCGUCGCCCGCACCCACGUGGGGCCCGCGGUGGAGGCGCGGUGGGACCACUGCGACGGCAGCGGCCUGCGCUGGCUGGACCGGGUCCGCGGGGUCCUGGAGACCAUGGGCUGGCACCCCGGCCCGUCGCCCUUCGAGGUCGCCUUCGGCGGUGACGGCUUCCACCUCGCGGAGGUGUCAAAGAGCUUUCUGGACCACUGCGUCCGCGAGACGUGGCGGGCCCACAUGAUGCGGACCUGCAGAAUAACCGCCAGGAAGGUGCCGGUCGAGGUGCCGAGCUUGGACGUCAAGACGUUGCGGCGCUUCGUGGAGGAGGCGCCGACGGCCGCGGAGCAGAGGUGGCGGUGGCGAUGCUGUGUUGGCGCCGAGCCUUCUCCAGACCGCCUCAGCCACGUCACGGACGAAGUGGCGCAUGACUGCCCCAUCUGCCACACUGCUGCGACCACGUGGCACUUGAUGUGGCGGUGCGACGCCACCGAGCAUGAGCGGCAGCGCCGGGGCCUCCACGAGGCCACCAUCGGCAGGCAUCUGCCUCAGCACGAACGGUCCGCCCUUCUUCUCAAUGGGUGGGCGAGGGCCGAAUGGGACCCCCCUGACGGCCAGUCGCAUGAUGCGCACCGCGCGGCCGCCAAGGGCCAGGGGAAGCUCGCCUUGAACAUCCUGCGCUUGAAGGACCGGGUCCUGAAGCGCUACUGGGACAUCUUCGUGGGCAUCGCGCCGGAAGCGGGCCACGGCAGCAACCAGGCCGCGAG